AUGUCUCAGGAUAAACUUCCCCAGAUGGACGACUCUUGGAGUGACGGUCAGAACAACUCGGACCUACACCUCCGCCCACCGAUUUGUGACUGUGACCGGAAGCGUGUCAUCGAUCCUAUGAGGUUCAAGUUUAUACUCGAAGUAUCGGACCUCAGCGAAGCACCCGAGGCCACGCCAUUACCCCAUGAUGUCCACUGGCUUCCAUCUAAGCAUAGUGUUCUGAUCGAAAAGGCUCUCACAAAUCUCUAUCGUCGCCUCAACAGAAGAUACCCAGGACGCCCUCACUGGUACUUGCCAUGGCGCAAGCGUCAUUACCUCAACGUCGGGCUUGAGCUCUUCAUCACCUAUCGGGUGCCAUUCCGCGACCUUUAUCCUUACAGCACAAUCAACGGACCCAGAUACAUAUACAACACCAUCGAAGUCGAUGAAGCCAGUUGGCCGAAUCUCAUCCCUAUGUUGCGCUCUCGGGAAUCGGUACAGGCCAAGUUUUCUGUUCACUGGUGGAUCGAAGGCGAGCGUAUGGUCGACGAUGUAGAAUGUUGGAAGGACGCUGGCUCCUGA